AUGUUGCGCCGCGAAUGGCGUCAACUAUCUCGGCCCGAGCAGCAAGCAUACCUCUCAGCAGUUCAGUGUCUCGAGAGACGUCCCUCAAUUCUCCUCCCGAGCCACGGUAGGAAUUAUUCAUCGCGUUAUGACGACUUCGUUCUCGCACAUGGCCUCGCCGGCGACGUAGCACACUACGCAGCCGCCUUCCUGCCUUGGCACCGUAUGUUUGUGCACGUCUAUGAAACCACGCUUCGAUCCGAGUGCGGGUACCAAGGUGCUCAGCCCUACUGGGACUGGACACUCGACUCGGCCAGCCUGUCUGCGGCACCGGUCUGGGAUGCCGUCAACGGCUUCGGCGGCGACGGCGCGGCCUGGCUCCCCAACACGCCACGCAUCAUUCACGGUCGUUGUGUCGUAGAUGGGCCGUUCGCGGGCGCGACAAGGGCCUGGCGCGUCGAUAGUCGGGGUGACAAGAGACAAACUGUCCGGGAUGUGCACUGCCUUAGCCGCGGCUUCGCAUCGGCUCACGACGACGACGUGGACCCGGCCAUGCUUGAGCGCAUGCACUCGUAUGUAUCACCUACGCACGUGGAGGCAACGCUCGCGCAGACGGAUUUUGAAGGAUUCCUCCGCGCGUUCGAGAACGGGGCACACAAUGCCAUUCCGCAGUUUGUCCGAGGCGACUGGAUGACCUUCUCGGCGCCCAACGAUCCGGUCUUUUUUCUACACCACACCCAGGUUGAUCGGCUGUGGUGGAUGUGGCAGAUGAGAGACCCAAUGACGCGCUUUAGGGAGUAUCAUGGGCCCACCGAAGACUUUCGGCAUCACCAUCAGAGGAGAAGUGCCGGAGGGGCCAGUGAUGUGGAUGUGCUGCCUAUGGGCGGCUUGAUCAGUGAUGGACGGGUCAGGGAUUAUUUAGACACGAGGCAGGGGGGUCUUUGUUACAUUUACUAA